CCGCGUAGGACAGAAUCUCGGCGAGAGAUUCCGCGGCAAUCGCAUGCUGAAGUGCGUUUUCUGCGGCCACGAGUUCCAGGGCAACCAGUUCGUGGCGGCGCGCCAUUUCCGCCAGGGCAAGGGAUGUCCGGAAGUGACAGCGGAGGCACUUGUCGACAUCCACUAUAACAGUGAGUACAAGAUGUCCGACAAGUUCCUAGAGCGGAUCCAACGAUUUGAGGAGCUUCACGGUGCGGCGCCUGCGAUGGAUCCGCGACGGGACGAGGGGGGGGAGGGAGGGAUGAGGGACGCGGAGGAGCGGAUCGACGUGGACGACGACGUCGAGGAGGUUGCACGGGCAGGGCCGUCGAUGGAGUUCAAGAAGAGGUGGCUGCAGUUUGUGUACAGUCAGCGUCUUGCGUUCAACGUCUUCUGGAGCGAGCCGUGGUUGGACGUCGUCCGACACUUCAGGGACUUGCCGGGGCCAGUGAAGGUGUUGUGGCCUUCAGAGAAUGAGAUCGCGGACAUAGAGACCAUUGUCCACAUGGCGGACGAUGUGGGAGCUGAUCUCGCGGAGGUCAGGGAUCCUUUCUAUGUCACGGGGGCCACCAUUAUGUCAGACGGAAGGAAGUCACGCGAUGCUAGACCCAUCGUUAACUUCCUUGCCGGCAGGUCGUGUGGGGUAAUGCUCGUCCAGGCGAUGAACAGGGAGGGUGAGCGGGAUCGGGCGCCUGAUGUGUUGGCGCGCUGGAUCAAGGUGUUUGAUGACUUUUCCCCUAAGUGGGUGAACGCCAUCUGCACCGACUCCGCCUCGGCGUACGUCGCCGCGGCGAACAUGCUCAAGGGGCCCCAACAGAAGCCGGAGCAUCGACUGAUCACGUGGCUCCCAUGCGCAGUGCGUGUCUGCAACAAGAUGUUGUCAGACAUUGGUUGUUCGGGCCCGUGGUCCAAGGACAUCAUCGUGAGGGGGAGAGCGGUGGCGCGCUUCGUUAAGGAGCACGGAGCCGCUCUCCAUAUCUUCCGGGGGGAGAGCAGUCAGAUGGGCCUCAUCUAUCCUAGCGAGACACGUUUCGCAUCCGUGUUCGCGAUGGCUGAGCGUUUGCUGGCAGUGAGGUCAGCUUUGGAGAGGACGGUGGAUGGCGAUACUUGGGGUAUGGUCCCUUGGGACCAUUCCGUUCGUCAUUUGGCUAGGUGGGUCAGGUGGCAGGUGCGACAUGGCAGUUGGUGGGAUUCCAUGGGCAUCUUGUUUCGUAUCAUGGAGCCUGUGUAUGACCUGCUGCGCAGGUUGGAUCGUGGAGGGCUGCACAUGUCGCAGGUGGUUGAGUGGACAGAGGAUCUGGCCCACCAGGUAGCAGAGGAGGUUUGUGCACUUCCAGCAGAUCUUGCACACUACAUUGUGCAGAGGGUGCAGGCUCGAUGCGCUCAAAUGCUGGAGCCGACGCACGCCGCUGCUCACCUUCUCUGUCCCAGCCGGCGGGAGUUGCGGUACUUCGAGGGCAUGGUCAGCGACUACGACGCGAGUUUGGUGAGGGAGGCGGAGACUUACAUCUUGUCGCAGACAAGGUUCAGUGUGGCAAGCCGCGACUACGAGACCGCAUGUGCACAGUUGCGCGACUUCCAUACACGGAGGGGGACGAUUGCUUGGGGGGGGAGAAACGGAGAGAGAGAUGCACAGAGGUGCAAGGGCGAUGCGGAGACGUACGAGUCCGGGUGUUGGUGGUCGAGGUAUGGGCAGUACGCCCCGCAGUUGCAGGUUAUCGCUCUUCGUAAGCGUAACCGGCUUGAGUUCGAGAAGGUCGCGAAGUUGGUUGAGAUCUCAGCCAACGUCCGCCUUCUCUCUCGUCAGCGGGCAGACCGUGGAUUCGUGCUGCCGUGGACUCUAGAUGAGUCGUUGUUGGACGUGGAGGGAGGUAUCGGGAUUCGCCCCUCGUGGAACGGGACGGACGAGAGCAAGAUGCGGGAGGAGGUUGAGGAUCAGAGACAUUCAUGGCAGCGAGACCCAUGUGGGUCCAGAGCUCCUCCGGGUGAUGUGGGCGAUGUUUUUGGGACUCGAGCCACCACAUUGCACCCGUACCCUCGAGACGAUAGUGAUUCCGAGGGUCACGAGGACGAGGACGAGCCGGCGGGCCCUGCUAGCGCCAAUCCUGCGGCGGAUGAGCCUGAUGAGUGGAGCGACCCAGAGGACGUCCGUAGACGGAGUGGCGGAGAUGACCUUUUCGUUCGAGUUGAUUUGGAGGAGUCUGGGGUUCGUCAUGGGAGCCCUUUAGAGCGUCCGAGGCCUACGUCCACUGCCCUGCUUCCCGCUGAGCGGGAGACAGAUCCUGGGUCUGCACCUUCGAGGGGGGCAGAGUCGGGGAUUGGCCAUCGUCCUCUGGGUCGCUCUGGCACGACAUCAUCCACCGCUCUUCCCACUUCGACGGAGCAGCUUCAUCGACAGCCAGCCGGUGCAGAUCGAUUGCAGAGAUUGGUGAGGGGCCCUAGACGGCGAUUGGAGGACAGAUUGGAGGGCGGUCCUAUGCCGGUGCAGGGUGACGACGGAGACAGACAGGGGUUGGUUGGUGGAGAUGGUGGUGCGCUGGUCGGCGGCGGAGGAGGUGCCGAGGUUGAUGCAGCGGUUGAGGGGAUAUCGAUGGGCGGCGGAGGCGAUUUCAGUGAGUUUAGCGACAUGGGUAUGCCCUCGGGAGAGAGCGUGGGUCUGGCCCGGGGAGAGAGCGAGUCCCAUGGGGGCAUCAGUGUGGGUAUGCAGGACUUACUAGGACAGAUCAGCUUCGCGGACCCGAGUAGUUUCUCCCCUGCCGUGCGCACAGAGGUGAUGUUGGGGGCAGAGGGGGAUGAGGACCGAACACCCCCUGGAGAGACAUCUGCAGAGAGGCUGGAUAGGCUUGAUAGUCGUCGAGCGUGCCUCAUGGCACAGAGGGACCCCAGGACGCAGGAGCUCGCCCGUCUUGCGGCCGAGGACCGAUGGAGGCAGCUGGGGACAUUUACGCCGGCGUCCGUUGACGUGGGGCCAGCUGCCCACACGGAUACUCCGGCUGAGGUUCACGACACGACGCAGCGGGAGGCGGCUUCGGCAGAGGUUUCGAGUACGGGAGUAGAUGUUCAGCAGGGGACGCACGAGAGCGGGUUGGCACCGACAGAGGAGCCACGUUCGGAGCCGGCGCAGCCUCCUGCCACGGGGCAGUCAGUGGGCGUUGAUGAUAUUCGCCCAUCGGCACAGGCGGAGGGGAUAGCGCCGACCACCGGGGGGGACGGGGCCGUAGCGGGGACCGUUGGUGUUGGCGGGUCGGGGGKGCCGUCCGCGGCCGAUCCGAUGUCCACGUCUGGCGGGGGAGACCUCGCACAGGUGGACAGGCGUGACGCGGACGGACAGGAGAUGCCACAGACUUUGGUGGUUUGCACUGCUGUGGGGCCAGUGGUGCCACAUCAGGCACCGUUUUUGGAGGGUUAUAGGCGUCCUACACAUGGCGGUGGCCCGGUCGAGGAGCGACGUGUAGGCAAGGGCGCGUGCAUACCCCCGGUCCCUACUUUUGCGCCGUCACGGACGAGGUCGGAGAUUAGGCAUGUUGCUACGCCUCGAGGCAGCCUCCCUUUUGGUUUUAUGACCGCUGAGGAGUUGGAGGACCACGACAGGAGGGAUUUGACGGAGAUCGACCAGCGCGUUUUGAGGGCUGCAGGGGGCUUACCUUCUGGAGGUUCCGUCACAUCGGCAUCGGGCGGGGCCGCAGGGGACUUACCUUCUGGAGGUUCGGUCGCAGCGCCAUCUGGAGGCGCCGCAGGGCCUUCGUCACCCUUGACCGCAGCUCCGAGGGAGGGCGGCAGUCUCACCCCGAGGUCGGUUGCCCGUGGACGGAGAGACACUACCCAGCGUGCGUGGGAGUUGCUGGACACCAUGUUGUUCGGUCGCACAGAUCGACCAUGGAGUGAGACGAGAUGGGUGACAACGGCGAGUGUCAGUCGUCAGCCAGGGUUUAGCGGUAGAGGGAGUGACGGCGGUGGCAGUGGUGGCGACGACGACGGCAGACGUGAGGGCUCAGGCGGUGCCACGACGAGCGCAGUGGAUCCGCCGCGGACGUACGGUUUGAGAGAGACGUCAAUUAUUUUGGAGGAGCCUGAUGUUGUUACACGACUGAGGCAGGCCCGACAUGUGCCCUUAGAUCGACGCCAGGAGGGGGAGACUUCAGGGACUGACGGUCUACCUAUGGCACGCGAGUCACGCCGACGUGAUGACCUAGCAGCAGCAGCCAUCAGGACGGUGAGAGGCAGGAGAGUCAUUAUGGACGACGAUCCCGACGAGCUUCCUGUCACUCCCGAGCCUUCCGUUGGCGGACGCGACGGCCAACGUCAAAGAGAUCGAGGACGUGGCAGUGGUCGGUCCCACGGACGAGUUUCUCAUCGGUCCGAGCGAGAUCCGCAUGCGCACGACGAUUGUUGACGGAUUACGGACUUGCGUUUUCGUGACUUUCUCAGUGUACUUUAGUUUUUGUUAUCCAUGACAGACG